AUGCCGUACAGAGACUGCUUAACCCUAGCACCAUCCUGUCGGGAUGCACCGUAUCACAGAACUUCUUGCCACCAAGCAUUGGUCCACCGUAAUGGCAAACAGGCGCUGGAACGGUUGCCUUUGUCGGUGGUGCCCGUCUGCUUAGUGCUAGCUACUACUAUUAGACUUGACCAGAGCAAGUUGAAUUUGACCACAGACCCGAUCGUUGUGCACAUCGUCAUAUUUUACAAGCAACUUUCUGUCUGUUCUCGUUUGUAUUUUCUGUAA